AUUUAAAGUAGAAAAUAUUGGCUAGUGGUCACAGCAGACAGGGUAUCUUGAUUUUUUUCAAACCUACACAAAUCGUGGAUAGAGUCUAACUUAGGUCUUCCACUUACUAUUGACAGAAGAGAUUGGUAAACCCCGUCAAUUUUGUACCAAAAGAAAUGUCUGACUUAAAAAUUGGUUCAAAAGUGAUUGAAGGAAAAACCAAGAUUGUCUAUGAUUUAAUUGACUACCCUGGCCAAGUUCUUGUUGAGUCUAAAGAUCGCAUCACUGCAGGAGAUGGAGCCAGAGCUCAUGAUAUGGCUGGCAAGGCUCAAAUCUCUAAUAGAACAUCUGCUACAGUUUUCAAGUUGCUCAAAGAUGCUGGCAUUAAAACUCAUUUCAUUGAGAUUCAUGGAGACCAUUCUUUCGUUGCAUUAAAGUGUCACAUGAUUCCACUAGAGUGGGUGACUAGGCGAGUAGCCACUGGAUCCUUUCUGAAACGUAAUCCUGGAGUUGAGGAAGGCUACAGGUUUAGCCCUCCCAAGCUAGAGACAUUUUAUAAAGAUGAUGCUAAUCAUGACCCUCAGUGGACAUUCGAACAGUGUGUUGCAGCUAAAAUGAAGUUUGGAGAAGUGACCAUUGGCCCAGAAGAACUUCACAUGAUGGAAAAGAUGACCAUCACUAUUUUUGAAAUUUUAGAAAAGGCCUGGAGUUCACAGAACUGUAGUCUGAUUGAUAUGAAGAUAGAGUUUGGAGUGACAACUACAGGUGACAUUGUGCUGGCGGACAUAAUUGAUAGUGAUUCCUGGCGUCUUUGGCCUUCUGGUGACAAAAGAUUAAUGAAAGACAAACAGGUGUAUAGAAAUCUUGAAGUUGUCACUUCAGAGGCACUUGACACUGUGAAACGUAAUUUUGAGUGGGUUGCAGAAAAGGUUGAGCUUCUCAACACCAAGCCCUAUGGUCGUGUGGUUGUGUUUAUGGGAUCAAGCUCUGACAGCGCACAUGGCGAAAAAAUAAAGAAAAUAUGUACAGCAUUGAGCAUUCCAUGCGAGCUGCGUGUAACAUCAGCUCACAAACAAACUGAACGAUCAUUACAAAUUUUGGCAGAAUAUGAAGGUGAUGGUAUUCCUACAGUCAUAAUUGCUAUAGCUGGUCGAAGCAAUGGUCUAGGACCAGUACUGUCUGGUAAUUCAGCUUUUCCAGUUAUCAAUUGUCCACCUCUCACUCCUGACUGGGGAUCACAGGAUGUCUGGUCCAGUUUAAGAAUGCCUUCAGGAUUAGGUUGUACAACAGUUAUGGACCCUGAAGGAGCUGCAUUGGCUGCAGCUCAAAUCUUGGCUCUUAAAGAUCAUAUGGUUUGGGCCAGACUUCGUGCUCGUCAGUUGAACACUUGGCUAAGCUUGGUGGAAGCAGAUAGCAAACAGAAAUAGCAAUAGAACUUUUUUUUUUUUGUUCAGUAAUUAAAUUUUUUUUUUUAUACUUCAUAAAAAUCAGUUUUGAUGAAAUAAAAAAUUCAUUUUCAUAAGUAUAUAUAAUUGUAUAAUUGGAACUUGACAUACCAGAGAGACCUCAAUGUUAUUUUUUGUUCCAUUUACAUAACUAGCACUUGUUUACUGGGACUAGUCUGAUUGUUGGUUGAUAAUUGUGUAUGUGUUGUUUUUUUUUAGGGAAAAUGCAAUUUUAGUCACUGAGACUUUUUUGUUGUUAAAUGAUUAAUGCUCAAAACAUACAUUUUAUGUCAAAUGUUGAAAUAAAGUUUCUAUUAUGCCAUAAA